AUGGCUCCGUCUGGAGGACGGGACGGCGUGCAUUCGUCCGUCUCCGUCAAAAUAUCUGUCGACCCGCCGGCUACGAUCGCCGCGGCAGUACUGUCUACGGCCGACAGAGCGCGCCAAACGCGCGACCUCCUUCGACCGGCCCACCGGCGUCCCGAAAUCCGGUGGACGGACGCCGGUGUCCAGCUUUCAUCGUUCACUGUAUCGAAGGGUGGCCACGCGGAGGUCCGAGGCCGACGCCGUCGAUGGCUCGAAUGA